AGUGUCAUGGCGCUGCUCAGGAGAGUCCAUGCUAAAAUCUGUCGAUCUUUUCUGUCUGAGGUCUCUAAAGGAGUGUUUUGUGGUGUUUCACAGCCAACCGGGCUUCAAGGCUGCAUUGGAGCUAAGAGAUAUUUGUUAUCAGAAGAUGUCAUCAAACUGGAAGAUUUCCAGCAAAACAAGCUGGAUAUCGCUCGCAAGGCUGCUGGAUCAGAGAGAGAUUAUAUUGAGCGGUUCAAACAGAAGUUGCAAAGUAACAAGUUGAUUCUACGUAACGAGCUGAAGCUUUUCCUCCACCUGUGUGAAACUUCGGAGCAUAUGCAGAUAGCCAGGGAAGCCAUCUACAGGUACUACAUGGAGAACCGUAACAUGCUGUACGGAGACUUCAGGUUUGGCCCGAUCUUUAUGAGACUUUGCUAUGAGCUGGGUCUGGAGGGAUUGGCUGCAGCAACAAUAACAGACGAGAAUAUGAAAGGAUUUUUCAUUGACGUCACUUCUUUUAACAUCGCCAUUGACAUGUUAUUUAUCCAAGGCUCAUAUGAAAAUGCUAUGGAUGUACUAAGAAGCAUGAAACACCGAGGUAUACCUUUCAACAAAGACACUGUGCUGCUGGCGAUUGGUACCUUCUAUAAGCUGAACACAGCAGACUCCUACAAGAACUGCAUUGAUCUCGUAGAAGAACACCAAACAAAAGGACACAUCAUCUCCCGACAUGCGUGCUACUUUGCUGUUGCGCUGGCACUAAAGCAGAAUGACAUAGAAAAGGCAAAAUCACUGUAUUCACACAUUUUGAACGCAGACCACAAGAUGUCCCAAAACUUUAAGGUUAUUAUCCUGACUAUGUCAGGAGAAGUUUCAGAGGCUGUUUCGUUCCUGUCGACUGCCAUGAAGCCGGAAAGCCCUUUUGUGAGAAAACCUGAGUUUUCCCAAGAAGUGGUGGAUUUGCUCCGAUUGCAGACUAAAGACGGACCACUUCAGAUGGAAGUGGAACAGAUUAUCACUCAGCUUGAACAAGCCGGUCAGGUGACAGAGCAGACCCUCGAUGACAUGCUGUGCCAUGCUCCAAGAGGGAAGAUGAAACCGGUGCUGAUGGAGGCAAAGAGGAGUACCAGCCGAAGGACUCUGAAGCCUCUGCAGUCUUCUUUGUUUUCAGAAUGAGGCCAGAGCCGAUCAGUUACAGAUAAUAAUCUAGUCAGUAAUGAUGAUUCUAAAUUUUAGGGCUGUUCGUGCUACACCAUAAUUAAGAGAUCUUUGUUACCAGUAGAUUGUUCUGAUGUAUGUCCAGAACAGUACUGAUCCAAAAAUAUUAACAGUGUAGAGUUGGAUCAAAAAUUUGCAGAUACUUUGAACAUUCUUACUGGCUCCAAUCAGCCAUGUUUUCCUAACACACGAAGUCUGCAGACUGGUCUACCCGCUCCUUCAUCAAAAGCUGCUGGGAGAAAUAAGAUGAACAACAUGUUAGACUCACUUCCAACAUAUAUAAAUAUCCUGAGUCAUUGUGUAGCAUUAUGCUUUGUUUGUGAAUUAGUGAAUAAAAUAUAUGAAGUAUUUAAUAAUAAAACAAAU